CCGCGCACACCCUUAAAUGCGAGGUCGAAAGGUUACAAUAAUUGUUUGAGUAACGAGGGUUCCGUGGAAGCAUAAAUACCAGGCAGUUACUGUCGAUUUUUGCAGAGGUCCCGCCGCAGCCCUACCGAACACCUGCAAACAUUGGCAGUUAGCAGACUCCACUAAAGCUCGUCAUUCAUACCUAAACAUCUUCUCCAGAAACAGAUACCACGAUGUGCAAAGUUUGGAAAGUUUUGUGUACGCUGUGUGUCGCGGUGCUGGGCUGCGUGGACGGGGAGCCACUGUGUGCGGCGAAGGGCCGCGCCAAGUACAGCCUUAUCUUCUCGGGCAAGUGGAGCCGCACUGCCUUCCCCAAACAGUACCCGCUCUACCGGCCUCCGGCGCAGUGGUCCCCGCUCAUCGUCGUCAGCCACAGCAGUGACUACCACAUGUGGAGGGUGGGAGAAUAUGCCAGUAACGGAGUGCGGGAGUUUGUGGAGAAAAGUGAGGCCUGGACAUUAAUGCGAGAGGUUGAAGCAUCGGGCGAGAAAAUCCAAAGUGUCUACGGCGUUUUCUCAACUCCAGCUAUCCCGAAUGGUGUGGAACAGACUUCGACUGAAUUUGAGGUGCACGCCAGACAUUCUCUGAUGUCAUUCAUUGCUCGCAUUGUGCCAAGUCCAGACUGGUUCGUGGGUAGUGACAGUUUUGAUCUGUGUGAAGAAGACACUUGGAAGGAGCAAGUCUCUGUAGAUCUGUAUCCUUACGAUGCUGGAACAGACAGUGGCUUCACGUUCUCUUCUCCAAAUUUUGCCACUAUUCCCCAAGACACGAUCACUGAGAUAACGUCGAGUUCACCAAGCCACCCUGCAAACUCUUUCUUCUAUCCCAGACUGAAGCAACUGCCUGCAAUUGCAAGAGUAACACUGACGAGGCUGAAGGAUAGCCAGUUAAUUGGCAUUUCAACAGUUCAGUCCAACCUUUUGCCCAUGGGAAAUGAAAUAGAUGAUUCUGUCUCGGAGACCCCACUGGAUUGUGAAGUUUCCAAUUGGUCCUCCUGGGGCUUGUGCAUGGGGAAAUGCACAGAGAUGGGUAUUAAGCACCGUACCCGUUACAUCAGGUUGAAACCUGCCAACAGUGGUAACCCAUGCCCUGUGCUGGAGGAAGAGGAGCAAUGUGUUCUGCACAACUGUGUGUAACAGCACCACCAAGUGGUGAUAGUGUAUAUCGUCAACCUUUAUUGGAUUUUAAGGGCUGAAUCUUGUCAAAGAUUGGAUCACCAUACAAUACCAGUGAUUUCAGAUAAUUGUUAGUAAUUCCAGGUUUUAAAUGCCGUCUGCAUUGACAGUUUUUCCACACUAACCCUAUUUUUAUUCUGCCAGGUUUUGUCAUCUACAAAAUGAAAAAUUAAGUUUCUCUCCACCUUGUUUAUCAUCAGUAAUUAGUGUAAGCCGUGAUUCAAAACCGUAGUCAUGGAUACACAGCGGUAAACACAUCUCAUGAGCAAACUCAUAGAUUAGACUGCAGCUUGGAAGUCACUACCAGAUCUUGCAUUAUUUAUACUGUGCACCAUUUUAAUUUACAGGAACUUCUGGGUUCUAUGCUGCUUUAUGGUGUUGAUGGCAAUAUAUAAAUGCCUUCCUCUGUGAUGGUAUUUAUACAAGGUGAUUGAAGACUGACUGUUUAAUAACGCUCAUUUUACAAUCUGAAUUUAAUUACCUGGCAGUACUGUGUGCAGUAGCUAGUUAGCGGUUCUAAGAUAAUAACCAAAGGAAUUGAUUUGAAAAUAGGAAUGUUAAUUUGCCUUAUGCCCAUGUGUUCUUAUUUAAGUCACACUGCUCCAUAAAUUUACCGGAUGAGUGAGUGGGUCUUAAAGAGAUUGCAAUCACUUUUCUUAGGCAAACAACAUACUAUGUGGAGACCUUGAGCAUUAACAAAUAACAGUUCCCUGAUUAGUCAUGAAGAGUGAUUACAUUAUUCACAACUUCCCCCUGAGAAUGCAUUGCCUACAAGCAAUUUUCAACAAAUUGCAGUUUCCCUUUACCCAGUUCUAUCUUUUGCCUAGAUGUCCAACCAAAAUGUUACAAAAAUCAAUAUGGUGCUUGAAUUAAAGGGCUGUUUCAACCCAGCUUUUCUCUUGUAAAUAUCUGUGUUGCAAGUUAAGGAGAUUCAUGUAUCUUAAUGCAAUGUUUAACAAAUCCUGUUUUUCAUUAGAAGAUAGACAUAAAAAGCUGGAGUCACUCAGCGGGUCAGACAGCAUCCCUGGAGAAAAGGAAUAUGUGACGUUUUUGGUUUUUCAUUCUUUGGCUUGUGGAGACUUUACCUCCUGAAUCGUUGUACUAGUAUUCAUUUCAAACCUUGCAUUAGAUUAACCAAAGUUACAAAUUUCAACCAAAAGUUGGAACAUGGAAUUGAAAUUGAUUGCAUUGGCAAUACAAUUGCUUCCGCUUUGAACAUUUCAGAGAAUGAAUUAAAAUCCGAAGCCAGAAAAAACAAUAUCUAUAUAACAAGAUAUAUAUACAUUUAUUCUUGACACAUGAACAAUUUAAGUAUUUCCCUAAUCAAUGACUCGGUCGCUCAAACCAAAAAUGCUCUCUGGAAUUUACCAAUUAACUAAUGAUUAAAAUGUAUAGAUUUGGGUGAUAUGUUGAAUGGACACUGUGGAGUGCAACAAAAUGAUAGGAUUUGAGGUUAUUUCUUAAGAAACUUGAAUUAAAAUCAUUGGUUUAUAAUGCAUUGUUUGUGGGCUGGUAUCAAAAGUAGCAGUGAUGGCUUUUCACUAAAAGGGAAAGAAAAUCUGUCGAAGAGUCACCCUGAAUAUAUGCAGUCUUAUUGAACAAUCAUAGAAUAAAAUUAAGGAAAACAAAGUGCUGGAGUAACUCAAACGUCCAGACCUGAAACUCCACCUAUCCAAUCCUUCCAUAGAUGAUGUCUGAACCAGAGUUAAUCCAGCACUUUACAUUUAGCUCAGGAUUCCAGCAUCUGCAGUCUCUUGUGUCUCCAUCGAAUAGAAUUAGUUCGGAUACCAUCGCUAGGCUUCCCCAGGUUGUUUUUUCUUGUCAGUAAAUUGAUAGGUCCCCAAUUAUUACCUAUGUUGCUGACUUGUGAAGACACUUCUGGAGAUUAUCAGAUGUCCACAUGAUUGUGUGACUGGAGCCCAAUGUUGGGCAAUCUGGGACAGGACAGCAUAUUUCUGUUUCUAAAUGACAUUAGUAAACUAGUUAGGUUUUUGAAAUUUUUUACCACAUUCCUUGUGAUUCCUGCUACCAGGAACAUGACGGAAAAUUGGUAUAUUCAUUAAAGUCCCACUUCGAAAAAAGUAUACCAAGGAAAUUAGGCAUUGUGAAAUAAUGAGGUAUAAGGGAAUUUUAUUUCAUUUGUUGAGAAGAGAACGUGUUGCUUACUAGCAACUACUGGUAGGAUAGAUCAUUGGUCUUUUAAAGUGGCAUACAUGUGAAUUACAUGCAGAGAGAAAAAAAAUAAAAACCUGCAGAUACUGGAAAUCUGAAACAAAAAGAAUGCUAGAAACACUCGGCAGAUGAGGCAGCAUCUGUGGAAGGAAAAACAUUUAACAUUGCCUUUCAUCGGUGAGUAUAGAAAAUGGGAUGUUGUGUUACAGUUGUACAAGACAUUAGUGAGGACACACUUGGAGUAUUGGUGUUCAGUUUUGGUUGCUCUGUUAUAGCAGAGAUACCAUUAAGUUGGAUGGGGGCAGAUAAAAUGAAUGAGGAUGUUGCCAGGACAUGAGAACUUGAGCUAUAGGCAGAGAUUGGGCAGGCUGUGACAUUCUUUCUUGGAGUGAAGGGUGAAUUUAUAAAGGUGUAUAAAAUCAUGAGAGACAUAGAUAAGGUAAAUGCAGUUUUUCCUAGGGUAGGGUAUUCAUGAAAUAGAGGAUAUAAGUUUAAGCUGGGAGGGGAAACAUUUAAUAGGAACCAAAAGGACAAAUAUUUACAUAGUCCGGUGGCUAUAUGGAACGAUCUGCCAGAGGAAGUGGUUGAGGUACAAUAACAAUUGUACCUCAACAAUAUGUAAAUAUUGUUUUAUAAUCUCCAAUCUGUUAUAAAUGUAUGGUAUGGUAUUGUUUGAUCCUGACUAUGAAUGCUUUUGUGUAUAGAGUUUGUACGUUCUCCGUCUGACUGCGUGGGUUUCCUCCGGGAAGCUCCAGUUUCAUCCCACGCUCCAAAGACGUACAGGUUCGUAGGUUAAUUGGCUUGGUACAAGUGUAAAUUUUCCUAAGUGUGUGUAGGAUAGCGUUAGUUUGCAAGGAUUGCAGGUCGGCGCGGACUCGGUGGGCCGAAAGGCCUGUUUCCGCGCUGUAUCUCUAAACUAAACUAAAACUAAACAACGUUUAAGGGACAUUUGAACCGGUACAUUGGAUAGGGAAUGUUCAUAGUGAUAUGAUUCACACAGACUGGAUUUGAUGGCUAUCUUGGGCAGCAUGGACAAGUUGGGCUGAAGGGCUUGAUUCCGUGCUGUAUGACCAUAUUCAGCUGAUUUCCUCUUAAAAUGCAUUAAGGAGCUGUAUUGUGCUCUGAUUUGUAUUUUGUGAAAUGGGAUGCACAAAAUCAAUUUGCACUUGCACUUGAGGGUUCUUAAUUUUGAAUUCUAGCAAUGUGCAGUAUUAUUAUACUGAAAGGACUACUGGAACAUGCAUAGCUACAAAUUCUAAUAUCCUCUGCUUUUGUGCCACAAUCUAUGCUUUCAAAAGUUGCUAAGUUUAUUGUUAUCUAAUUUCCCACUUUAUUUCCAAUGAACAUGUAUUUGUAUAUACUUGAUUGCUUGUACAUUGUUGUAUUUAAUUCUAUCGUUGCCUAAACUGCAUCUUUUAUACUUGUUUAAUAAAUGUUCUGACUGCUUGUUCUAAAUGUUGGGGGCAAGAAACACAUGUUCUGAAUAAUAAAAAAAAUUAAAAGCCAGAACUAAA